AUGUCCUAUUCAGACAAGAGCGUACCCAAGCACCUGUGCAUUAGGCCGUUGACGGUGUACGAUGCAGCGCAAUGCAUGGCAUUAGAAGAAGAAGCAUUUCCCGAAGAGGAACGCAUUACCUCGGCCAAGCUUGACUACAGACUGAGCGUGUGUCCUGAGCUAUGCUCUGGGUUGUUUUUUAGGGAAUUCGAGCCCCAGACGGAGUCUGAAGAAGGAGACGAUGAUGUUCGCGAAUACCGGCCGCCUGCCCGUUCAACGAUCAAGAAGGAAACGUUGAUAGGUCAAAUUCUCGCAACCAAAGUAUAUGACGAUGCCAUUACAGAGCGGUCCAUGGAGGUCCCGAAAUUGACUUCUGAGCUUCUUCCAGAUCCUACUGUGGUUGAUAAUGACAAAAUCGGGCAUGUCGAAACAAGCCGUGUGAUUGGAGUCCAUUCGGUGAUAAUCAGCUCGAAGUAUAGAGGUCUCAAGCUAGGGUCCUUGUUGAUGAAAGACUAUAUUCAGAAGCUCUCACAGCAAGAUGUGGGCGACAAGAUUGUGCUGAUUGCACAUGACUAUCUGGUGCCUUUCUAUCAGAGUCUUGGUUUUGAGAACCGUGGAGAGAGUAAGUGUCGGUUUGCGGGAGAGGUGUGGUUUGAUCUAGCCAUUACGCUCUCUCAUGAUGAGGACGAUGAGUAG